AUGCAACAAAGAAGUUACGAGGGCAAGUUAAAAAUAAAUGUUUUCGAGGUUUAUCGAGUCUGUCUCGGUGUGCAUCGUUGUUGAAGGCAGCUGGGCGAAGAAUGCCUGCUUGCUGUUCAUGAGAUUCCUUUGUAUUAGAAUACUUAAACUGCUUUCUGUCUUUUUCUUAAUUUUACGGUAUCUGCAUUUUUUGUUUCAGGAUGAAGUAAAGGCACUGAACACCCUUCAAACUAAUGCACAAGAUCUGGAGCAAAUUCGACGUAGUCGAGGCCGACUUGCUCGCGACUACUUGGCUGAGAUGAGAAGUUUCACAGAACGAGCGGGAGUAAAAGUCAGCCAUUUUUAUACCUGUUGUUUAGUUGGUUUAAUUGAUUUAGCGUAAUGUUUUGUGGUGUUUCAUGAAAAAUCGGUUUGAUGCUACUUGUUUUCAUCCUUCUGAUGUUACCUAUUUUACGUGCGUCAAGUUUUUUGUUGCCCUACGAGUACAGGCCCUUCGAUCUUCCUUCGACUUAUCUAGGAAGAUCGAAGAGCCUCUACUCGCAGGGUCUGCCUCGUACACAGUCGUCUCUCUCUCGAUGAACCAACCUUAAGUUUAGGUGGACGGCGACAUAGAGGACGGUGACUUUGGCCACGGCGGCUUGGGGAGGGACGACGUUCACUUUUCGAGAGAAACAAACUUUAAUUAUGUCUCAGUAGAGGUGACGGUCAAAGAGGUUUUUUUAACUUUCGGAAGGUACGAGAGAAUGAGUUCCCUGAAAGAGAUCCGAGUGAUUUUGGUCUACUUUUAGAUGAUGGUGUCAUAUCAGAUGAGGAAUUCGUUCUCUUGUACAACGAAAUCUAGUUAAGCUCUUUGUUACUCGAAAAAAGAGAAUGUUCGUCGUUUCAUUGAGCCUAUUUGCGAUUACGUUAUUUACGUAUUGCCAUAUUUUCCCACGCUCCAGGGUUCUUAGCCUAACAACGGCUGGCAAUCACAGUUCUGGGCUUGAAGCGGUAGGGUUCACUUACAAUAAUUUCUUUAGCAAGCUGAAUUUCGUCAACUUUCGUCCACUCCACAUUGACUGUGAAAAUAAGAACAAAUAAUUAACACGAUGGACAAUGCGCGCGAUAAACAAGCCGCGAGUUCCUUCAUCCUGCUUUUUUGUCGAAAAAUGAACCUAUGAACACGAAAUUUUAUUUUGGCCUAUAACGUAAGCAGAAAAAAUGAACUAAAUACUUCGUAAAUAAAGAAAAGGGUAGAAGCCGAUGUUCACAGGAUGCGAGAAUAUUACGUGUCAUAAUUUUAUCGCUGGGAAUUCUAAUCCAUUCCUGCAGUUGUACCAUUUGCACAAGUUCAGUGUGCUAUGUUCCAUCACAAAAUAGUGUUAUAAUAAGUAAUUGAGAAAGGUUUACCAUUUGAAGUAAACUAGACAUUACAGAAACAGAUUAAAGCGAUAUUCUGUCAAAAUAAAGAUAUUUUGAAGACAAAAACACGAAGAGAAAACUCACGUUCUCGAGACACCGCCGCACUAAGCUUUCUCACCGUCGCGACGUGUAGUCGACGUAGGCUGGACGGCUGAGAUAUAUGUAAAUUAGGCCCAAAUCGGGCAUACCGUUCAUCCUAACAACAAAACUAUUCACCCUAAGGCCUGUUUCAAACGGCGUGUUACUGCCGUGCUCAGCUAGCUCGUUUAGCUCGAAGUUACAACAUCUGGCGACGAGGAUGGGAUCACUUUGUGUUAUAGGGCUAUUUCGUGCCAUUUCCUACACCGGAUGAUCUUACUUCACUUCGUUUCGUUCGUUUGUGCUUUCACGCCCGGGGGUUACUCCCUUAUAAGGGCUUCAUGGGGACGUGCGGUAAGUGCUCGCUCGGUUCUUUUGGUGAAUUUGAUCCGUCCUCUGAAUCUUUUACGGCUUACCUUGAAAGACUCGACCAGUUCUUUGUAGCCAACGAUAUUGGAAAAUGUGCUGAUGAUGCCACUGCGGCUGUUGUUCGGGCAGCUAAUCAGAAAAAGGUCGCCGUGAUGAUCACCGUCAUUGGUAAGAAGACAUACAGCACUCUUCGCAAUUUGUGCAGUCCUGAGAACCCAAAAGAAAAAUACAUGUGAGGAAUUAUGUGAACUACUACUACAACACUUUAAGCCCAAACGAUUGGAAGUUGCUGAAUCCUACAGAUCUCAUCGAUGUCGUCAAGAGAAAAAUGAGAGCGUGUCGGUUUACAGUGCUCGUAAGACAUUUGGCCGCCACUUGUAAUUUUGGCGAAUUCCUGAAGCGCUCGCUCCCCGAUCAGUUUGUGUGUGGGAUUUGAAACCCUGCGACUCGAAAAAAACUAUUGAGUGAAGAUCGAACAUUUCCAGAGCCUCUCCAAGUGGCUAUCGCCGACGAAAUCGCGGCUUAAUCUCAUUGCCUUCGGCCCCUGGAUAGCCUGCGUCGAUAGCCUGGAAAAAUAGCUAUACCGGAAAAAAAAUUCGCAGAAAAUUGCGUUACUUCCGAUUACCCCCAAAUUUGGCCCACAGGAAGUUUAAAAUAGAUUUAGCCUUGAUUUAGCCAAUUAUGUGCCUAGUUCCAGCCCCCGGGAAGUUCUGAGCUUCACGCAACGAUUUUUCAUAUCGAUAGACUGUAGUUAUUGUUUUCUGGUCGGCAGGAUUUGCCCUCUGAUGCAAGGGCAAUUUCUUUGACCUCUUUUGAAGCGUAAAGCUUUUUUUGUUACGGCUGAAUAAGGGUUCCAGUUUUCUCCAAAGUGCCUUCUGGAUCUGAAUAACUAAGCGAAUUUCUUUAGUCCGUGAGUGUAAUGUUUUUCUGCAAUGGCGAGUGUAGCGACACUUGAUUGACAGUAAGCGUAAUCGGAUUACUAGAAAAUUGGUAGGCGUUAUGCAAAAACAUAGGCUCUUAGAGCAGGCGCUCCCUUCCCUUUUCCCUUUCUCCCUCCCCCUCCCCCUCCCCUUUUUGUUCCUGCCACGCAGGCUAACACUUUCACUAGUGUUGGAGCGACUUCUUAAUGCUGGAUUCCGACUAAACAAGGCAAAGUGCAAGUUUUUUCAAUCAUCAGUUGUCUACCUGGGACAUGUGAUUGAUGGAGGGGGCCUACACCCCACUCAGGAUAAACUUGAAGCUAUUCAGGAUGCUCCCAGGGCGAAAGAUGUUACGGCUUUGAAAUCUUUUCUGGGACGUAUAAUGUUCCAUUCACGGUUCAUGGCUCAUCAUUCUACAGUCCUAGCCCCUUUACACCAACUACUUAAAAAUGGUGGUUCAUAGAGAUGGUUGAAGGCUGAAGAGGCUGAAAUCACAGACAGUGGUACAUUAUGAUCAUACCUUGCCCCUCUUUCUUUCAUGUGAUGCCUCGUCUCAUGGUGUUGGAGUGGUCCUGUCUCAUCAAAUUGAUGGACAAUUUCGACCGGUGGUUUUUUCUUCUUGCACUUUGACUCCUGUUCAACAAAACUGUUCUCAGCUAGAAAAGGAGGCCUUCAGUAUCAUCUUUGGAUGAAAGAGAUUCCGACAGUAUCUCUAUGGUCACUCCUUUACAUUUUUAACUGACCACCGACCUUUGCUGACUCUCUUGGGUCCUCAGCGACCGGUUCCUGCUCAUGCUGCAGCGCAACUUCAAAGAUGGGCUCUUAUCCUUGCUUCAUACAAUUACAAUUACAAGAUUGAGUAUCAUAGUACUGGAGCACAUGUAGAUGCCGAUAGCAUGUCUCGCCUUCCCUUGCCUAUGACAUGGUCUCCCAAAUGUGAAAAUGUUGAAUGCUAUUUUUUGGACACUGAAGUUGUCACUAAUGUGACCAGUCAGAUGAUCAAGAAGGAGACUCAACGGGAUCCAGUUUUAUCCCAAGUGUACAAUUACGUCAUUAGCGGUUCGCCACAUGUAGUGGAUCCCAGUCUGGUACCAUUUAAGACAAGACAAGACGAGUUAAGCACACGGAAUGGUUGCUUAUUAUGGGGUGCGCGUGUUAUUGUUCCUCCAUCGCUCCAAGAGAAAGUGUUGUAAGAACUGCAUGACACUCACCCUGGGAUCUCUUGAACGAAAGCUUUGGCACAAUCUUAAGUGUGGUAGCCCAACAUGGAUUCUGACAUUGAAUUAACUGUUUCGUCAUGUAGCACUUGCCAGUCUAUGGGAUCAGAUCCUUCCCCAGUUCAAAUUCAUCCAUGGACCUUUAAUCCAGCACGACUGUGGUCUCGCAUUCAUGUGGAUUUUGCAGGCCAAUCUCUGGCUGUACCUACCUUGUUGCUGUAGAUGCUUACAGUAAAUUUCCAGAGGUAGUCAAAUUGUCCAGUACAUCAGCUAAAGCAACUGUGACCACCUUGCGUGACAUCUUCAGCAGGCAUGGGUUACCUGAAAUUAUUGUGUCCAACAGUGGGCCCCAAUUCACUGCUACAGAAUUUGAACAAUUUUGUACCAGCAAUGGAAUACUACACUGUACUUCAGCAGCAUAGAAGCCAUCUACAAAUGGUCAAGCAGAACGUGUCGUACAGAUUUUGAAACCAGCUAUUAAACAAGCCCACCUUACUAAUGCAGAUGUAGAUACUGUUACUGCAAAUCAUUUAUUGGUUUACUGGACCAUGCCUCAUUCCAUCACAGGUGAACCACCCUCACUGCUUCUCAUGGGCCAGAGACAGUGCAACCAGCUAGAUUUGCUGACACCUUCAGUUGAAAAAUAUGUUGAGGCUCGCCAAUACAGUACUAUGGUGAGUCGUACAGCACAUAGAGGCUUCCGCAAGUUUAAUGACGGUGAUUCCUGCUCUCCUGCCAAAGAUUUCUGAUUCUGCUAAUGUCGAUGACGCUCUGAUAGUUCAACCGGAUUCUUUAUGUGUAUAUCGUGCGGAUACGGAAAAAUGUUAUCCUACAUGGACAACCUGUAGGCCCCCAAGACACUUGAAAGAUUACGAGUCAAAGUGAUGGCUGUAACUGACUCAAAACCUUUUCCUUUUUUUAUUAUGCCUUUUUGUAUUUUUUUUUUUUUUAAAAAGGGUCAUGUUAUAUCGUGACUUUGUUUUGUUAUUGUUGUGUUACAUUACACAGUGGAACCUCGAUUUAACGAACCUCUAUAUAACGAAGUUCUCAGUAUAAUGAAUGAUUUUCUUCAUCCCGGCCAAAAUUGCAGUAAAAUGUAUGGAACACAACCUCGAUUUAACGAACCUCGAUUUAACGAAACCCUCGUUAUAAUACUAUUAAAUAAUAUUUAAUGUAGUUGACGACCAGGAGCUAUGGUCUCGGGUGUUUUUGGCAUUCUUUGGUAGCGCGUUGGUCGUCUGUAGCGUUGUGCGUGACUAUGUUUGCGUUUGUAGCGUUUACCAUUGUUCGUGAGCAUGGGGGCAGAUGCCUGUCCAGCAGUACGGAGUUUACGUUGUGUUUGCGUUGUACUCGAAGCUUUGUUAGCGUGGCGUGGCGUUGCAGUAGCAUAGCGUUUCUCUUGGUUCUGCCCUAGUUUUGGUUAGCUUGGUUUCUCAGUUCGAGUAGCAUAGCGUUUUCUCUUGGUUCUGUCAAAGUUUUUUUCCGGUCGAAGUGGUUUUCGUUACCGUUAUUCGUCGUUGUUCCUGUUGUGGUUCGUCCUCUGCUGGAGAGUUUUUGGUUGUCCUCUGUAAUGCCGCGCCCAUCUCGCUCGACCAACAACAGCUUAUCGGCGGGCCUUCCUACCGAAGACUCCCUUCCAUCUACGGUAACGUCUGAAAGUCCUGUGUCGAGUACGGCUUCUAGUUCUUGGUCGCCUCAGUUGGCUGACUCCCUCACCGAGACUGUGGUUCGGGCAAUCGGAAACUCCAUUUCCGCCAUUAUUUCAUCGAUCCAGAAAAACGCCUCCUCGCAGGCUUCUUCUUCGGUUCCAGGCGUUUCUGCUAGUGGGGCUCCACAACCUUAUUUUCUUCAGUGUCCGCUUCGAGUGCGAGUACAAGUGACGGUGUUUCUUCGGUGGCUUCAGGUACAUUUACCCUUCCCGCGUUUGGUCCUACGUUUACGCCAGUACCGGCCAUUACCGUCUCGAGCUCGGCCCGCCCCGUGGCUCCUACUCCCUCCACUUUUGUAUCGCCUGGCGUUACUAGUGUUCUUCCAAGCCUUGAGUCUUCGAUGGCAUCUCCCAAGUCUGAGAAGGCUUUUAUCGUUGGUCCGGGGCAUGCCCCUAUUCCUUCAAAACUGGUGUCAAAAAUUGUAGGUGGCCAGUUUGUCGAAUUGGCAGAUUUGUUGUCCGUGAACCUCCGCGCCGUGGAGCAGGAGCCGCAAACGUUCCUCGAUGGUAAGCUCGUGGUGUCCUCGUCAAAACGCAGGCAAGUGGAAAUAAAAGACAUUUUGACUUGGACGGAAGCCUUUACUAUUUUUCAGAUGGUGCUGUGCGCAGCUCACCCUCAUCGUUCGCCCGAUCUCUCCAAGUGUAAGCUUCUUAUCAUUCAAACGGCUCGUCAUUUUUCUAGUUCAGCCUGGUUAGAGUAUGACCUGGCGUUCAGAAAGGAUGCGGCUGCCUCUGGCCUCAGUGACUGGUCAAGGAUGAACUUAGACCUAUACAACUUUCACUUAAGGUCUCCAGCCUUGGCCUCACCCCCGCCACCUCGGUCGUCUUCUUCCACAGCAUCAGCUCCACUUCCUGCCGCCUCCCGUGACACCAGCCUGGUCCCUCCUUUUUGCCAUUCAUGGAAUGAUGGGCAGUGCUGCUGGUCCUUUGGUAGGUGUAAAUAUCGGCACCGCUGCAGUAACUGUGAGGGUGAACACACCCAGAUCAAUUGUCCAUUUCCCAACUCCUCUGGCGCACGAUCCCGAUCUCCCCAACUCGGAGGGAGAGGGGGAUGGUACUGAAUGGGCGGUUAUGCCCAGUGAGGCUUGUGUACAUAGUGUAAAUAGUUUUGUUGCGUCGUCAGGGGGGGCAGCGUGAUCUGCGUUCCUCGGUCAAGUCGUCUUGUUCUGUUACAGUUGCAGUUAGUAUACCCAGCGUUGCAGUUUCUGUUCAUUCUUUAUCGCCAUUAGCCCCAGCCUCCCAGGUCUCUCCACUACGGCUGGAUCAAUUUCAGACAGAGCUGCAGCAUCAUCCAGACCAAGCAGCAGUGGCCUACGUGUUGUCCGGAUUACGUGAGGAUUUUCGUAUUGCCUUUGAGUCGUCCAUGGUCAAUCUUAAGUCCGCUUCUUCGAACAUGCGUUCCUCCUUCGAGCACCCAUUUGUCAUAGACUCCUACUUGCAGACCGAAGUUUCCUCCGGCAGGGUGGCUGGCCCCUUUUUAGCCCCUCCUUUUCCUUCUCUACAUAUCAGCCUUUUUGGGGUCAUUCCCAAGAACAAUCAACCAGGCAAAUGGCGUCUCAUCCUUGACCUCUCCUCUCCUGUUGGGCACAGCGUGAACGAUGGCAUUCCCAAGCCUCCCUUCACAGUGCAGUACGUUUCAGUUGAUGCAGUUAUUGAGGGCAUCAUGGCGCGGGGUCGCGGAACACUAAUGGCUAAGUUUGAUGUGGCCAGUGCUUGCCAGAAUGUGGCUAUCCAUCCCGACGAUCGCCCCUUGCUGGGGAUGCAGUGGCGUGGGAAGUACUUUGUCGAUCUGGUUCUCCCGUUUGGGUUGCGUUCAGCGCCAUUUAUUUUCACUUCUAUUGCGGACCUAGUUGAAUGGAUCUUGGUUCAUAAUUAUGGCGUGGACUUCCUACGCCACUACCUGGAUGACUUUUUUACUCUUGGUCCACCGUCAUCCCCGCUCUGCCACUUCUAUUUACUUACCUGUGUUCGCCUUUGCGAAAGCCUUGGCCGCCCCCUUCAUCCUGACAAGGUGGAGGGACGGACGACUUGCUUAACUAUCCUCGGGAUUGAGCUCGACUCCGAUAGGCUUCAGGCUCGCCUGCCCACUGAGAAAAGAGUCCGGAUUGUUGCCUUACUUGAAGAGUGGUCCACCAAGCGUUUCUGUAAGAGGCGGGAGUUGGAAUCCUUGAUUGGCAACCUCCAUCACGCCUGCAAGGUUGCCCCACAAGGGAGGACUUUUCUUCGUCGGAUGAUUGACUUGCUUUGUGCCUUCCGCCUGGACGAUCACCCCAUCAGACUAAACCAAGAAUUCCGUCGGGACCUUACCUGGUGGCGGGAGCUUUUUCAAACCUGGGAUGGCCUCAGUUUCUUUUGCAUGCCCACGUGGGCGCCCGUCCCGGACUUCCAAGUCUCGUCGGAUGCUGCAGGCUCACUGGGCUAUGGGGCUAUUUUUAACACCAAGUGGUUUUGCGGCGCUUGGUCCAUGGAGCAACGGUCGUUAUCGAUCGCGUACAAGGAGCUCUUCCCCAUCAUUGUAGCCGCCGCUUUAUGGGGUUCUCAGUGGGUCUCUCGGCAGGUUGAGUUCCUGUGCGACAAUGAGUCAGUGGUGGCUGUACUCAAGUCUGGCACUUCACGGGACCACCACUUGAUGGGGUUGCUGCGUCAUUUAUCCUUGCUGGCUAUACGCCACUCAUUUAUGUUUACUGCGUCUUCAGUUCGCAGCUUGGCCAAUCCAGUAGCUGACUCCCUCUCACGCUUUCAAUUUCAGCGUUUUCGUCGUCUGGCACCUCAAGCCGACCUGACUCCCUGUGUGAUUCCCGAGUCGCUGCUGGCCGCACUCCAGACGUGUUGACCCAGAGAUGUCAGUUUCUGCUCUCCCAGGGACUCGCGCCCUCCACUCGGCGUGUUUAUCUCUCUGCUCAACGUCGCUACAUUCAGUGUUCUCCCUAAAUUUUAGCUCAGCAGGUGAGGGACCAUUCAUGGACGGGAAGGCAAAAAAUAUAUACUUUUCUAAGAGGGGGGAGGGGGGACAGUGGAGUGAGGGACAUGGACCCGCCCACUGCGAAAUUUUUUAUUCCCAUAUUUUAAGACCUAUUUUACGCAAAUCUCCUGUCGUUAUCUUUAGACAACGUUAUCUUUAAUGUCCUCUUUCUAAAAUGGAUGUCCCUAAAAAGGAAAGCUGCAUAUACAGUACUAGUACAGAACCAAAAUUAUGCACGCGCAAAAAGUGGCGUAAGAAGUUGCUGCGCCGCAAGAACAUGCAAGCCACCGCAAGAAGUGAAAGUGCCGUAUUUUUGCGGACCCUUUGUAGUUUACCCGCAAGAACUUUGAAACGAAAGAAGUCAAAAAUCUUCACCGCAAGAAGCUAGAAAAUUACCGUAAGCCUCAAGAAGGCGCAUGAAGUUCUUUACAAGUGUUAACCUGAAAGAAGUUUGUAGUGUUUGUCGCCUUUUUGUUGCAACACCGUUUUGUAGCGUUGAUACUAAUUCACUCUGUGGCAGCAAAAGGUAAUCAUGAAAGGACGCACGUAAAAAGUUGCCGGGGAAAGCGAACAGCUUUCUCUGCUUUUUCUGCGAAGUGAACACUUCAAUCGUUCAGCUUUUCCAAAGUUACAUAAAGCGUGUGAAGCGUUUGUUUAACAAAACGAUCUGUAGUUUCGAACAUUUCGAUUAUUUGGAUCAUUUCAUGGUACAAUAUUAUAGUCUCGGCAAAACGAACCAAAGGCGUUGAAUUUCUGCCCACAAGAAAACAUGGGAAUUAUUAUUACUUUAUUGCGUUAAUUUGAAAGAACCGUUAGUGAAAAUAUUCCUUACUUUACUUUAGCAUGUUUUUUUUUCGAGAGCACUUUAAGUUGUUGACACAGUUGCACGUGCGGUCUCAAAUUACACGGCUCUUUUGUGAAACAUACUACGAUCGUUCCUUAUUUUUUGAAGCGCUGCUUUUCUUUAUGAAAAUUGUACACGUUUCCUCGCUUAAAAGAUUACCUUUGGACAAGAUAAUUUUAAGAAAUUCUUGUGGUUAAAUUUAUAACCGCAAAAGAAGUUCUUGCGUCUUGCUGGAUUCAAGCGCAAGCGCCCUGCAAAAAGCCGCAUGAAGUUGCCAGCUUGCGGACGUAAAAAGAAGUUCCUGCACGUGCAUUAUUUUUGGGCUGUACGUUUUGUACUUAGGUAGCUAUACUUUUCCAUAUAUUCAUUCAUUUUCUUGUGACGAUCGGAUCGGAUCACAACUUGCAUAUAUAUGUUUUUUAAUUAUUUGAUUUUGGUAAACCUUUAAGCAGUUGCAGGCGGUAAGAAGUGUUGCUUCAGGCGGUAAAUUUUACCGGUUACCGCCUGAUAAGGAGAACACUGUUUUAAUAUUGACUUUUGCCGCCGGGAUGGUCGCCUUAACAGUGAUGGCUCCUUCCCUCCUGCCGAUGAGGAGACUCUCAUGCGCUUUGCUUCACUCUUGACCGACAACUUGACCCACGCUUCUAUAAAAGUAUACCUGUCAGCAGUACGUUCCCUUCACAUUGACCAUGGCUUGUCGGACCCUUUCGUCAACUGCCUUCGCUUGCAGCGUUUGCUCAGGGGAAUUAAGCAGGUUCAAGGUCCAGUAUCACCCUGGCGCCAGCCUAUCACCCUGGAUCAUCUGCGGGCGAUUCAACAUCGUCUGGACUUCUCCAGGAGAGACCAUGUGAUGCUGUGGGCGGCAUGCUGUUUGGGUUUCUUCGGUUUCUUACGAACUGGGGAGUUCACGGUGAAUUCUGCAUUUCAGCCUAGUAUCCAUAUGACUGUUGCUGACCUGCAAGCUGAUUCCCUGGUGAAUCCUACCUGUUUUAAAGUUCAUAUCAAGUGCUCUAAGACUGAUCAGUUUCGCAUGGGCUGUGAUAUAUAUGUGGGGCGUGGUGAGGGCCCGGUGUGUCCCAUCCGUGCCCUGGGCAACUUCUUGGCUCUGCGUGGCUCUUCUGAGGGUCCUCUCUUUACUUUUAGUGACGGUCGGCCUCUUACUCGGCAACAGUUGUCAUCCACAGUUCAGUCUAUCUUGCACUCAGCUGGCUAUACUGGCUCCUAUUCAGGCCAUAGCUUCCGUAUUGGGGCGGCAACUACAGCUGCUGCUCAGGGAGUUCCGGAUCAUCUGAUCAAGACCCUAGGCCGGUGGUCUAGUGAUGCCUACCAGAUUUAUAUUCGCACUCCAGUUAGCUCCAUCGUCCACGUAUCCAGACAGCUGGCUGCAUAGCAGAUAUCUCUACUACCUUUGGGGCUGCCGUGGGGGUGGGUGCCUCAGGUUUGAGCCCGCGGGGCCUGGGGCUCCGCAGCCCCGAGCCCCCUUACUCCGGGCUUCCUACCCGGAGGUCCCUUCGGCUUGGCGCGGGGGGGCUCGUGGCUGGGUUGAGGGUUGGUAGGCCUGUGGGUGUUCUUCCGCCUUGGGGUGUAUUGCGGUUGCAGCCCCCUGGCCCAUGGACACCCAACCUCCACUUGCGACGCAGGCGUUAAACGAACACAAUCCACAAGCCCCAGCGUAAAAUUUGCCUCGAUAUAACGAGUAAAUGUCACCAUGUGAUAAAAGAUAAAUGCCAAACGGACCAAAAAGGAUAAAAUUUAUGUGUACAACAGUUUUAAGCAUUUUUGUUUGCCUGUUCUUGAGUUUCUAGUGUCGUAGCUAUGCAUAGCUCGGUACUGAAGUAUUAUUACAGUAAUUUUUCAGAUCCGGAAAUAUUGGCUUUUGUAAAUUAAUUAUUAACUAUACCUCGAUAUAACGCACAAUUUUGGUAGUUUUCCCGAAAAUUCGUUAAAUGGAGGUGUUCGAUAUAACGAACCCUAGAUUUAACGAGCAAAUUUCCCCUGUCCCUUGGCACUUCAUUAAAUCGAGGUUCCACUGUACGAAGUUACGUCAUAGUCGUGUUACGUGUAUACAGAUGUGCUUGCGCGGGAGUGAGAACUAGGAAUAAAAGGGGACUGGAAUGUUCAUGUUUAAUGCUCGUGUUGUUUCAUAAUUUCGUCCUUGGAUUUCUAAGUUACAGCACCUCAGGAGUGUGACGCACAUGCAGGGGACUUUUGAUACAGGCUUUCUGAUCAACAUAAAAAUGAUAAUUAAUUAUUAAUUAUUAAUUGCUGCACCAAUUUGAUCUGUCAGGGAUAUAAGACUGUUGAUUUUGAGAAAUUUCGCAAAACUGAUGACAUUUCUUGGUUCAGGGGUGAUACAACAUGACUGAACAUGCUUGGACUGACCUUUUUUUUGGGUAAUACUGUACUUUGUAUCCUGAUCUUUGUAAAACUGCAUGCACUACUCAUGCAUGGAGCAACCUCAAAUCAUGCUAUUCCUCAUACACCAAAAGUGGACUUAAGUAGUGUUUGAUGCAGGUAAUCAGGAAAAUGUAUGCAUGAUUUUGGCGGUCAUUAUCCUCAAAUGAUUACUGUAAAACCACAGGUAGCCCAAGCUUGAAAUAUAAAUGAGCAUUGGCACUGUUCUUUCGAAAUGUAAUUAUUUGUGUGGGAAAUAAGGGAUUGUUGCUGUAAUGUAUCAGUCAAAUUGAAUCUUCAAAAUACGCUCAACAGACAUACACCAGGCAUUUGACUUCUUUUCUUUCCCUUCCUUAAUUUCAACCACCCCCUCCUCACUAAGUCACUCAUGACCCACCCCCUCUGCUCUCUAAGUCAUGAGUGGUUAAGGCGAGGAAAGAAACGGUGUCAAAUGCCCAGUAUGUACUGUAUGUUGUGGAGGUAUGUUAAAGGAUCAAUUUGACUGAAUCUUUUCGGAAACAAUCACUUUUCCCAUAUAAAUACCUUUAGUAUAAUUAAUCAGGUGAUUAUAGAGAUUUGUGCACUCUGGUUGGUGGAGGAUUGCAUC